AAGAUGGCUGAGGAGCCGGAAUCCGUGCUUCAGCUCCGUUCUUCAGGUGCGGCUGACGGCGAAGGUCCAAUGGACGUCUCCCCAGGAACAGUCACUCCGGAGCCCCCUUCUUCCGCAACAGUCUCCCCAGGAACAGAGGAACCUGCCGGCGAUACCAAGAAAAAAAUUUAUUUAUGUGAACCAGUCUUUUGCCCCUUCCCCUGACCAGGAAGUUGGAACUCUCUAUGA